GGUGAUGCUCGAGUCCCAAGUCAUUCAACUGGCCUUGAACUUUACGGCAGUGCCUGUCACCCAGAGACCAAAACUUGAAAUUGUCUUUGCAUCGGAAAACAGAGGUUACAUACAAACACCCAACUGGGACGGAAUUCAAGCGUACCCGGUGCUCAUGGACAGCUGGGUCAAAGUGGACAUUCCUGAGCAGUGUGCUGUCAUGGUGUCUGCUCUUCAUAUCGAUGUUGAAGAAGCCUUCGCCUGAGAUGUCGUGGAAGGAGGCGUUUGACUUUUGUUUGUCACGUGGGACACGUCUGGCCAGUCUCAACACCCCGGCAGAGUGGAACAACGCUAUUAGCUUAAUGAGCCUGGAUGAUUACUGGGUCGCCUAUGUGGGGUUGCUGCAGAUGUUCUUGCAGCGGCAGAUGUAUCUGAACGCUUGGCAAUGGAUUGACGGUACGAUAGCUUACUCCAUUGCAACCAAUGGCAUCGCUACCAUGCCAGCCUGCGGCCAGUUCUACAUGACCUCCAUGAUGCAAGGGGUCAAACUCAAGGAAUGUUAUGUUCGGAGACCAGCACACGUCCUGUGCGAGAUGGAAGCUGAGUCAGGGAGUCAACUCCGUCCAGAGAAAGACAAGCCCCAUAUCACUUUUCUAGAAGCCUCCGCUUGGGCCAAUGACUCGAAAGUGAUGUGUCCAGAAGGCCACGUGACACAUAACUUCCUGUCAUGUGACCUGCCUAGCUCUUGCUGGCAGCAGACAUCCUCGUCAUUGUGUGAGGCGCCGUUGGGUAUUCUUCCGCCGACCUUUACUUGCGACAACGGCUUUGAUCGGGUACCGUACACCCUGGUGUGUGAUCAUCGCAUGGACUGCUCCGACGGAAGUGACGAAGAUUUCUGUCAAUUUGCAUCCUGUUACAGUAGUGGGAAAUAUGACUGCGGUAAUCAGCAGUGCAUUUCUGAGAGCGAGAGGUGUGAUGGUAUAGAACAGUGUGUUACCGGUGUGGACGAGGCAAAAUGCCUUCAAAGAACCCUUGCAGCUAAGGGUAUCUUACCCCCGGCCAUCGUGGACCUUGAUAAAUUUGGCCAGCUUGUAGUGAAGCCUCUAGAGUCGCAACUAUCCUCCCCACAGUCCACUGCAUGUCCAGACACUCAUUUCGAAUGUCCAGGUGUGGACUACUACUGUCUGCCGGUGUAUCUGCGGUGUAACGGCGUGUACGACUGUCCUGGCUACUCAGACGAAGAGGACUGCGAUACGUACACGUGUCCUGGCUUGUACCGAUGCCGCGCCUCGCACGUCUGCCUUCAUCCUCACCACCUGUGCGACGGCUUCAACCAGUGUCCGCAGCACGACGAUGAGCUGACGUGCGGCCUCACCUGUCCACACUCUUGCACCUGUUUCGGACUUGCAUUCAUUUGUACCAAGGCGGUUCAACUUCAAGAAUAUCAAUCCCUGCGAUAUCUCGAUGCAAAGGGAACAGGUAUGACUCCAGGAAGUGUGAAGAACAACAGCCUUCUUAUUCACCUCAGUCUUGAAAACUGUAACCUGGAGGAUCUAGACGAUUUUUCCCUACCUAACCUCUGUAUUCUUGACCUUACAGGAAAUAAUUUAAGUUUUAUCCACAGUGGACAGUUACAACAUUUGCCAAAUCUUAAAACUUUGAAACUCUCAGGUAAUCCUUUAGCGUCUAUUUUCCCGCGAAUGUCUGUAAUACCCACUUCACACACCCGACUUCGUUACCUAGACUUGUCUGAUGUACGGAUAAUUACACUUGAUCCAAGCAGUUUUAGCCCUUUUCCUAAUCUAGAAGUCCUUAAUUUGUCUAAGACCGGUGUGGAAAUGGUGUCUGGGGAUGGUUUUCAACUGCUUUCAUACCUACGAUCUGUAGAUCUUCGUGGAUGUCCUGUACAAGUUUUUUCUCAUGACCUGCUUAGGGGCCUCAACCUUCUAGAAACUGUCUUCACAGACAACUACAAGCUCUGCUGCCCAGCCAUGCUACCAGAAAACUUUAAUCUGGUUAACUGUCAUUCCCCGCACGACGAAAUAUCAUCUUGUGAGGCGUUGCUGAGAUCGGAUUUCUACCGGGCACUACUGGCGGUAUUCGCUGCCAUGAGUUUACUGGGUAAUGUCUGUAGUUUUAUCUAUCGCGUCUUUCUGGAACGAAACUCUAGCCAGUUAGGGUUUGGUGUGUUUGUCAUACACCUAAACAUGUCUGACUUUAUUAUGGGAGUGUACCUGGUGAUGAUUGGCGUCGCUGACCGUGUGUAUCAGGGUUCGUACCUGUGGAACGACAGCACGUGGAAGAGAAGCGGUGCCUGUCAGAUGGCCGGCUUUCUGUCUCUACUGGCCAGCGAGGUGUCUGCUUUCAUCGUGUGUCUCAUCACACUCGAUCGUUUCCUCGUCCUUCACUUUCCCUUUAUCGAUAUUCACUUUAACAAGAGCUCAGCUCACAUGGCCUGCAUGCUGGCGUGGGUAGCAGGGAUAACUCUAGCCUCGGUUCCUCUACUACCCAUGACGUCACACUGGCAGUUUUACGGCCAAACAGGAAUCUGUAUCCCCCUUCCUGUUACCCGUAAUAAUUACGCUGGCCAUGAUUACAUGUUUUACGUUUUAACGGGUCUUAAUUUCGUACUGUUAAUGCUAAUAGGCAUUGGACAGGCUUUCAUUUUCUGGUCUAUUCGUACCAACAGCAUGUCUAUGUGCGACAGCACCAAGAGAUGCAAAGAUUUAACCAUAGCUCGCCGCCUGAUCAGCGUGGCUGUGACGGACUUCUUGUGUCGCUUUCCCAUCGGGCUUGUGGCCCUUCUGGCCUCUCAGGGCGUGUCCAUUCCUGGUGAGGUCAACGUGGCCAUGGCUAUCGUAGUUUUGCCGGUCAACUCGGCCUUGAACCCGUUUCUGUACACGCUCAACACCUUACAGGAGCGAAGACGACGCCAGAGGGAAGCCAGACGAAUGAAGCUUUAUUUGUCUCAGAACAACACGACCUCGAUGAAAAACUUGGAGCCUAUCGCUGAUACUAAGGAAGUAAUAACAGCAAUGAAGUGAUAAGGCAAACUAACGCCAGCAAUACUAUUUUAAAGUUAGAAAGUAAAUUGAAGUGUUAGAAAACAGUGCGAACAUUUUGAAAAGGACUAAAUGUUUUUGAAUGAGA